AUGGCUCAAACUACCACUUUUGCAGGAAUUACUACACUUGGAACCACAUCUGUAGAAAUUACUGCACUUGGAACCACAUCUGUGGAAAGUACUACACUUGGCAGUACUUCUGUAGAUACUAGUACUCUGGGCACCUCUUCUGCAAAAACUCCCUCACUUGGCACCAGUUCUGUAGAAAGUACCACUAUUGGCACCACUUCUGCUGAAAUUACACCCUCAGUUAGUUUAACAGGAGUACUGUUGGAAACAUCCACAAUAGUACCGUCAACUGCUGGAACAACAAAGUUGUACUUUGAUCCAAAAAUUACUAAACUUGGCAGCACUUCUGUAGAAACUACUGCCAUCGACACCCCUUCUGUAGAAAGUACUACCUUAAAAACCACCUCCAUAAAAACUACAUCCUCUGUAAGUUCAACAGAAAUAUUGGUUACAUCUACACCAGUAUUGACGUCUGCUGGAACAACUUCAGUUACAACUACACCUGGCUUAACAUCUGUUAUUGGAACCACAAUGGCUCAAACUACCACUUCUGCAGAAAUUACUACACUUGGAACCACAUCUAUAGAAAAUACUAUGCUGGGCACCAUUUCUGCUGGAAGUACACCCUCAGUUCGCUCAACAGGAAGAAUAUUGGAAAUAUCCACACCAGUAAUGACAACUGCUGGAGCAACAACCUCAUCUGUAACUAUACCUGCCUUAACAUCUCCUGCUGAAACCACAAAAGGUCAAUCUACCAUUUCUGCAGAAAUGGCUACAAUUGGAACCAUGUCUGUAAAAAUGACAGCACUUGGCACCACUUCUGUAGACCGUACAACCUUGGACACCACUUCUGCCAAAACUAGUACCCUUGACACCACUUCUGUGGACAUUGCUACACUUGGCACCACUACUGUAGAAAGUACAACCCUGAGCACUACUUCUGCUGAAACAAAUUCCUCUGUAAGUUCAACAGGAACAUUUGAAACUACUACACUUGCCACCACUUCUAUAGAAAGUACUACCCUUGGCACCACUUCAGUUCAAAUUACAUCCUCCGUUAGCUCAACAGGGAUGGUGUUGGAUACAUCCACACCAGUUACAACAACUGCUGGAGCAACAACCUCAGGUAUAAUUAGACCCGAAUUAACGUCUGUUUUUGAAACUACAAUGGCUCAAAUUGCCACUUCUGCAGAAACGACUACACUUGGCACCCCUUAUAUAGAAAGUACUAGCUUAAGGACCACUUCUACAGAAACGGCAAUCUCUGUAAGUUCAACAGAAUUAUUGGAAACAUCCACGCUUGAAAUGACAACAGCCGGAACAACAACCUCAACUGUAACUAUGCCUGCCUUAUCUGCUGUUGAAACAACAGUGGCUCAGCGUACCACCUCUGCAGAAAUUACUACACUUGGUGCCACUUCUAUACAAUGUACAGCCCUAGGCACCACUUCUGCAGAAAUUACUACACUUGGAACCACUUCUGCAUUAACUAUAAUGCUUGAUAGCACUUUUGCUGAAACAACACCCUCAAUUAGUUCAGCAGGAACUACAGCUAUAGGCACACCUGUCUUAACGCCUGCUGUUGAAAGCACAAUGGCUCAAACUACCAUUAGGCACCACUACUGUAGAAACUACUACCUUUGGCACCACUUCUGUAAAAAAAACCACCGUUGGUCCCUCUUUUGUAGAAGGUACUUCCCUGGGUACCACUUGUGCACACACUAGUACCCUUGCCACCACUUUUGCUUGAAACAAAACCAUCUUUUAGUUCAACAGGAAUAGUAUUGGGAUCAUCCACACAUGUAAUGACAACUGUUGGAACAAUCUGCUAUAGAAACCACAUUGGCUCAAACUACCACUUCUGAAGAUAUUACUACAGAAACUUCUACCCUUGGUACCACAUAAUUAUGCCUUUCUUAAAGUCUGCUGCUGAGUCCACAAUGGCUCUGAAAACUACAAAAAUAUAUCCUACAGGUACCACUGCAAUAGAAACUAGUACCGUUGGCACCACUUCUGUAGAAACAUCACCCUCUUUUAGUUCAAAAGCUAUAAUACUGGAAACAUCCACACGUGUAAUGACAACUGCUGGAACAGCAAUCUCAGCUAUAACUAUGCCUGGCUUUAAUGUCUGCUGUUGAAAUCACAGUGUCUCAAACAGAAACUACUAUGGUGCUCUUGGCACCAAUUCUGCAGAAACUACAACCCUAGGCACCACUUUUACUGAAACUGUUAAUUCAACAGGAAAAUUUAUGGAAAUAUCCACACCAGUAAUGACAACUGCUCGAACAAUCACAUCUGAAACUACUCCUGGCUUAACAUCUGUUGAAACCACAAUGGCUCUGAAAAGUCUCACUUAUAUGGAAACUGUUUUCCUGGGCACGACUUAUCCAGAAACUACUACAAUCUCGACAGUCUCUUCGAAAACUACAACUUCUGCAGUAGGUGAAUUAGCUUUGUUUGUGGUCACAAUGGCCACAACGGAGGCUGCAGAUUUAAAGAUGUAUGGUGUAUGAACGGAACUGUUUUUCAGUUGUUCAUGUUUAUCUCAGGAAUAAGCAUACCAUUGAUCGUGCCACUUCUAACAAGAUGAGACAAGCAGAUGAUGGACAAAGAGAUAAGGACAAGGUCUUGUGGUGUUCCCUAAAGACUGCAACUCUGCUGCAGAUACUGAUCUAUGUGCUCAUGCUUCUUAAUAAUAAGGGACUAUAAAUGUAAAAAAAAGAAACAUUUAAGCAUUUGAAGAGGCUUCUGACAAAAUAUAUUGAAUAUUUUAUAUUUGUUGCAAUUGAAAAUGUGUUUUAUAGUCUGUGUAAUGUAAAUAUCACUAUAUUAAAUGAAUAAAAGAUUUUCACUA